AUGUCGCUGUCCUGCAGGCCCUGGCACCUCCUUUACCUCAGCGAGCGGCGGCAGCAGCUUCAAGGCCGCGUCCUCGAGCAGCCGCCCGGCGCAUUGGGCCGGCCCCAGGAGAAGGGGGCAGUGGGAAGGGGGGUUCGCGGCGGCAGCACCAUGCGGUGUUGGGCAGCGUGCGGGGAGCUGCUGGGGAGGCCCAAGCGCCUCGGCACGGCAGCGCAGACCGAAAGCAGAGCGGGACCAGCUGGACUUUGCUUCCUGGAGCUCCAGCAUGAGCUGGGUCGCAGGCGGCGCCGCGUGCUCGGCUGCCGCGAGCUGCUGCACGGAUCUGCUGCAAUGAUGGAAGAGCAGGAGCGGGUGCAGGAGGAGGUGCCCGCAGCGAAGCGCACAGGUCAGUUCUCCAAUGUGCGACUCCAGAGCCAAGAUUGUGCCAGGCUCUUCCCAGACCACAGGAGGCCACUGGUGACCUGUCUGGCCAUUCCUCUGGGAUACCCAGCCGCUGCGGGGACAACUCUCAUGAGUUGCUCCUUGAGUCUCAUGGCAUUUAAAGACGUGCUAGUAACGUGUCCUUCUGGCCAUGUCCCCACAGGAGGGCACCACCCAGCACAAGAAGGAGAGGUGUUCAACAUGAGAUACCAGGCUCUGCACAAGCUGGGCUGCGGGGCCUUUGCCACGGUUUGGCUGUGCCACGACAUGAGGAGGAAGAAACACGUAGCUGUGAAGGUCCCCAGGAGCGGGCAAAGCUUCGCUGAGGCUGCCCAGGACGAGGUCGCGCUCCUUCGAUGUGUGGGCAGUAUGAAGAAGAAGGACCGGGCAGGAGAAAACAUCAUCUGUUUAUUAGACGACUUCAGAAUGAUGGGAGAGAACGGCUUCCAUAUGUUCUUGGUAUUCGAAGCACUGGGUCCUUCUCUGAGAAGUCUGAUGGGUAACUAUGCAGCCCAGGGCCUUCCUUUGCCUUUUGUGAAGAAAUCUUUACAACAGGUGCUAGCAGGCCUGCACUUCCUGCACAAACGCUGUCGGAUUAUUCAUACAGACAUCAAGCCAGAGAACAUCCUGCUGUACGCAGGGGACAGGACUCUCCAAAAGUUUCUACCUGAUGUUGUCGACUGUAGCCAGAGAACAGAUGUGGGGCUAAAGGGACCAGGGGGUGAUCUUGGCCAUCAGCUGGAACAUUGUGAUUUAAUGAACAUAGAAGUGAAGAUUGCAGACCUGGGCAGUGCGUGCUGGACAUACAAGCCUCUUUCCAAGGAGAUCCAGACGCAACCGUACCGUGCCCUGGAGGUGCUUCUUGGGUUAGACUAUGGCACUCCCGCGGAUAUCUGGAGCACAGGCUGCCUGGCAUUUGAAAUGGCAACUGGAGAGUGUCUAUUUGAUCCUCGACCUGGGAAAUAUUUCUCCAGAGAUGAUGAUCAUGUUGCUCGUAUUAUUGAGCUCCUGGGCAAAAUUCCUCCCCAAAUAGCUCUCUCCUGGAAGAAGUCAACAAAAUUUUUCAGCAGACCAGGUAAACUGGAGUAG